AUGAGUAGUACUUGCACAGACCCUCAAGAUUUUCCUUUAAUUGGCAACAGCUUAUGUGUGGCUCCAACAUCAUUAACUGCUAUAUUUUUAGCAAGUAUUAUUACAGCUGGCGUCAGUUUCUUGAUACUUAUUGGCUUCUUGAUAUUCUUCUAUAAGCGACGUUCAUCUUCGCCUCAUGCAAAAUAUUACAAUGAUGAUAAAUCACUUCGAUCAGACACUAGUCAUAAUGAUGAAUCAAUCCUAUCAGACAUUACUUAUAGUGAUGAUGAUGAUGUUAGAUUGAACCGAUCUACUCCUAGAACAGAUAGAAAAAUAUCACAUGUCCUGAAAAAAAUUAUUGAUACUAAUCCUUCGAGCGAUUCCAUUCAAGCAUCUAUUCAUCGUAAUCUUACAAUUCCAAAAUCACAAGCAUCAUUAUCUUCGUCAUAUAAAUCCUAUAUAGGUUUACAUCGUAUAUCAGAACCAUCAAUAGGAACGCAACGACAACAAACGGAUGUCAUUUCGACACAAUCUAGUAUUGAUAAAUCAACAAUAUCUAAAGCAAAUAAAUUAAUUUCAACUAUUCCAGAUCAAACAGACAAUACUAGUGAAUAUGAAAAUAUUGUUUCUUCUAGGUUUUGA